AGAUGUCGCAAGAUGCCAACUGCACGGACUGUCUGCCCUGGGGGGGGUCCGGGGAUGGCGGGGUGGGGUCCCACCGGCCCUCUGCCGGGGUCACCACGGCGCUGGCCACGGUGCUGAUCUUCACCAUAGUGGUGGACAUCCUGGGCAACGUCCUGGUCAUCACCUCGGUCUUCAGGAAUAGGAAACUGAGAAACCCAGGCAACAUCUUUGUCGUCAGUCUGUCUGUAGCUGACCUUGUUGUGGCAGUGUACCCUUAUCCUCUCAUCCUAGUUGCCAUUUUCCACGAUGGAUGGACACUUGGUGAUAUUCACUGCCAGAUUAGUGGAUUCCUGAUGGGUCUGAGUGUCAUUGGAUCAGUUUUCAACAUCACAGCGAUUGCAAUCAACAGAUACUGCUACAUCUGCCACAGCUUCAAGUAUGAUAAGCUGUACAACCACAAAAAGACAAUCUGCUACCUGUGUUUAACCUGGAUUUUAACCAUUCUCGCAAUCGUGCCAAACUUUUUCGUGGGAUCGUUGAAGUAUGACCAACGUGUAUAUUCCUGCACCUUCGCCCAAACUGUGAGCUCGUAUUACACAAUAGCCGUGGUUGUCAUUCACUUUCUGGUCCCCAUUGCCGUGGUGACGUACUGUUAUCUGAGAAUCUGGGUUUUGGUCAUCCAGGUAAAGCGACGCGUUAAACCGGAGGAAGCAAGGCUGAAACCAAGUGAUUUCCGAAAUUUCCUCACUAUGUUUGUAGUCUUUGUGCUUUUUGCAGUGUGCUGGGGACCUCUAAACUUUAUUGGCUUAGCUGUGGCCAUAAAUCCUCUGGCAGUUGCACCAAAAAUCCCAGAAUGGUUGUUCAUUAUGAGCUAUUUUAUGGCGUAUUUCAAUAGCUGCCUUAAUGCAGUCAUCUACGGUCUCCUCAAUCAAAACUUCAGAAACGAAUACAAGAGAAUACUGCUGUCACUGUGGUCUCCAAGGCUGUUUUUCAUGGAUCUAUCAAAGGUCGGAACAGAGGGAGUGAAGAGCAAACCUUCACCUGCGGCAACAAAUAAUAACCAAGCAGAAGUGGAUGUGUAAACCAGUGCUUGAAAAUACACCUGUUGUGACUGAAUAUCAUUAUCAAUU